ACAUUUCCCGGCAUGCAUCUGUCCGGAAUCAAACUAUAUAUCCACGUGUUUUGAUUAAGAGCGCGCGGUGCACGAGACACUACAGACAACAGUCGCACUUUCCACUGGUUUACACGCUUUACACUGGUUUACACUGCAGGAUGGCGUCUGAAUUGGCUUUACUGAGUGUUUCAGAUAAAACAGGACUGGUGGAGUUUGCCAGGCGACUGGUGGCAGUGGGUCUGUCCUUAGUGGCAUCAGGAGGAACCGCCAAAACUUUGAGAGAUGCUGGACUUGCUGUCAGGGAUGUAUCAGAGCUCACAGGAUUUCCAGAGAUGCUCGGAGGACGAGUAAAGACCCUUCAUCCUGCGGUCCACGGUGGGAUUCUGGCCAGACAAACUCCCUCUGAUAAAGCUGAUAUGGAAAAACUUGGGUUUAGUCUUGUCAGAGUGGCCGUGUGCAAUCUUUACCCGUUUGUGAAGACCGUCGCAUCCCCCAAUGUGACCGUGGAAGACGCUGUUGAGCAGAUUGAUAUCGGUGGAGUGACCCUCAUACGAGCGGCAGCAAAAAAUCAUGCCAGAGUGACCGUAGUCUGUGAUCCGUCCGAUUAUGCCGCUGUUGCCAAAGAAAUGGAGUCAUCCGAGGACCACGACACCACUGUUGAAACACGCAAAACCCUCGCACUGAAGGCCUUCACACACACCGCUCAGUACGACGAGGCCAUCUCUGAUUACUUCAGACGAGAAUACAGUCGAGGAAUUUCCCAGCUGCCCCUGCGGUACGGCAUGAACCCACAUCAAGCUCCAGCUCAGCUCUACACGCUCCGAUCUGCUCUUCCUCUUACAGUGGUCAAUGGAUCUCCAGGCUUCAUUAAUCUGUGUGAUGCUCUCAACGCCUGGCAGCUGGUGAGAGAGUUAAAGAAAGCUCUUGGGUUGCCAGCGGCCACUUCGUUUAAACAUGUCAGCCCUGCAGGAGCUGCUGUUGGUGUCCCAUUGAGUGAAGAAGAGGCAAAGGUGUGUAUGGUAAACGAUCUGCUUAAAGAUCUCACCCCCCUCGCCACUGCAUACGCAAGAGCCAGAGGUUCUGAUAGGAUGUCCUCCUUUGGAGACUUUAUUGCUUUGUCUGACAUCUGUGAUGUCGCCACCGCCAAGAUCAUCUCGAGAGAGGUGUCGGAUGGGAUUAUUGCGCCCGGUUACGAUGAGGAGGCGCUACGAAUUCUCUCCAAAAAGAAAAACGGAAACUAUUGCGUCCUUCGGAUGGACCCCGAGUAUGAACCAGAUGAAGAUGAGGUCCGGGUGCUUUUUGGUUUGUACCUUAAACAGAAGAGAAAUGGAGCGGUCAUUGAUAAGGAGCUCUUUAGCAACAUUGUGUCCAAGGGGAAGCUGUCUGAAAAUGCUCUGCGAGAUCUUAUCGUGGCCAGCAUUGCUGUGAAGUUUACUCAGUCCAACUCCGUGUGCUAUGCAAAAGAUGGUCAGGUGAUUGGCAUUGGUGCCGGGCAGCAGUCGCGCAUCCACUGCACGCGGCUCGCAGGAGACAAAGCUGAUAACUGGUGGCUCAGACAUCAUCCACGAGUGCUCGGUAUGAAGUUUCGCAGCGGAGUUAAACGUGCCGAGAUGGCCAAUGCCAUUGAUCAGUACGUCAGUGGGACAAUUGGAGAGGGUCCAGAUCUGGAUCUUUGGAAAGGUCUGUUUGAAGAAGCUCCUGAAACACUAUCUGAGAUGGAGAAGAAGAACUGGAUAAGUUCUCUGCAAGCUGUGGCUCUCAGUUCUGAUGCGUUCUUUCCCUUCCGGGACAACGUUGACCGGGCCAAACGGAGCGGUGUGGAAUACAUUGCGGCUCCUUCAGGCUCUACUGCUGAUGAGAUCGUCAUUAAUGCUUGCAAUGAACUGGGCAUCACUUUAGUCCACACCAGCCUCCGUCUCUUCCAUCACUGAGAAGCUUUGCAGAACUACUUGUUUCACACCAGCAUCACAGAAGUUUAGGGCUUCUUUCAUAUCCGUUACUUAAACGGCAAGUUGCAACUAGUUAGCAGCAAAAUAUGUUACAAUAAACUUAUAGUUAAAGAAGAUAGUGAAGCUUUACAGGCAAAGUUACUAUCUUCAAAGCCUAACAUGAUUGACAUUCCUGCUGAAUUGAAUAGCUGCUCAGAAUAGUAUGAUCUAUUCAUGCUUCAUUUUUUUGUUGCUUCAUAUUUUGCAAACCCAUGCUUAUGCUGCUGUUUAAAAAAAUGAAUAUUUGCAAUGUACAUUGUCAUGUUUUCUGAAGCUAAUACUGUAACACUCCCAGAUACAUUCCUUAUUGUCUGUAGUGUCCUAUGAGCAUUACGUAAUAAAUACAAUAGAUUCAAA